AGUUGGGGAGGCGCGGGGUGCGCGGGCGGAGCAGGGCAGUGGCCUCGGCCCCAGCUGCGAGAACCGAACUAGGACCGGGCGCAGCUGCAUCCCGGGCCGGAGCCCGGGCCGGGCCCGGAGGCCGGGCCGGGCCCGCCCCUCCCUCGCGGUUGGCAGAGCUCCUCCGGGGGCGAGGGCGGGGGCUUCUCCCCGCCCGCCCGGCCGGAGUUGGGACGAGGGCGGGGACUGGGCCAGGGGCGGCCCCGGCUCCCUUUGUCCUGCGGCAGAGCUCCUCCCGGGCCCGAGGAGGAGCCGGGGCUCGGCUGGGCUGGGCUGGGCUGUCCUAAGCUAAGCUGCUGCGCUGCGCUGAGUCCAGCUGAGCCGCGGAGGCCGAGCUGAGCGGUGGCGGCGGCGACGGGGGCGUCCCAGGCUGGCCGGGAUGGGGGCCCGUGGCCGCCCCACGCUCCCUUUGGCUCUGGCUCUGGCUCUGGCUGCUGCGGGGUCCCGGGGGUGCCGCUGACCGCCGGGCCGGCCCGAGCCCAAGCCGAGGAGGAGCCCUCCUGCCACGGAGCCUUUGACCUCUACUUCGUGCUCGACAAAUCUGGAAGCGUUGCACAAAACUGGAUUGAGAUCUACGAUUUUGUUAAACAGCUUACCGAAAGAUUUGUGAGCCCUCGGAUGAGAUUAUCUUUCAUAGUGUUUUCUUCCCAAGCGACCACUAUAUUGCCAUUAACGGGAGACAGUGCAAAAAUCACUGAAGGCUUAAAAAAUUUAAAAGCUGUCAAGCCAGCCGGAGAGACAUAUAUAUAUGAAGGAUUAAAACUUGCCAAUGAACAAAUUAAGAAUGCAGGGGGAUUAAAAACCUCAAGUAUAGUCAUUGCACUGACGGAUGGCAAGUUGGAUGGCCUGGUGCCCAAGUAUGCAGCCAAAGAGGCAAACAUAUCCCGGACCCUUGGGGCUAGAGUUUAUUGUGUUGGAGUUCUUGAUUUUGAUCAAGCCCAGCUCGAAAAAAUCGCUGAUGCCAAAGACCAAGUCUUCCCUGUCAAAGGAGGAUUUCAAGCCCUUAAAGGAAUAAUUAACUCUAUAUUAGAGAAAUCAUGCACAGAAAUACUGGACUUGGAACCAUCAAGUGUUUGCGUGGGCCAGGAAUUUCAAAUCGUGCUGACAGGAAGAGGGUUCCAGGUGGGUAGAAGUGGAGGCAGUGCUUCCUGUACCUUUACAGUGAAUGAAACCUAUACCAUGAGUGUAAAACCAGUAAAUGUGCAGUCGACCUUCAUGCUCUGUCCAGCACCUAUCCUGCAUGAAGUUGGAGAAACUCUUGAGGUUUCUGUGAGUUUGAAUGAAGGAAAAUCUGUCCUCUACAGCUCAUUGACAGUAACAGCUACAAAGUGUUCCAAUGGAAUUGCGGCAGUCAUUGCUAUCUUGGUGCUACUGCUUCUAGUGGGCAUCGGCUUAAUGUGGUGGUUUUGGCCCCUUUGCUGCAAAGUGGUUAUCAAAGAUCCUCCUCCUCCACCACCACCACCACCCAAAGAGGAAGAAGAAGAUCCACUGCCUAACAAAAAGUGGCCAACAGUAGACGCUUCCUAUUAUGGAGGCCGAGGAGUUGGAGGAAUUAAAAGAAUGGAGGUUCGUUGGGGUGAUAAAGGCUCUACAGAAGAAGGUGCAAGGUUAGAAAAAGCCAAAAAUGCUGUGGUGACAAUUCCUGAAGAAACAGAAGAACCUGUCAGACCUAGACCCCCUCGGCCCAAACCCACAUAUCAGGCAUCUCAGACAAAGUGGUACACUCCCAUCAAGGGCCGGCUUGAUGCACUCUGGGCUUUGUUACGGCGGCAGUACGACAGAGUCUCUUUGAUGCGACCUCAGGAAGGAGAUGAGGGCCGAUGCAUAAACUUUUCCCGUGUUCAAUCUCAGUAAAAAAAAGAAGGCAGGACAAACAGAAGGUACGAAGAUGGAGCACUGUCUCUCCACCAGUUUCCAAGCAAAUGAAGAUGAUGAAGCAAAGUUUUGGUUUUUUUUUUCAUUACUUGGACAAGCAGCUUAAUGCUUCUCAGCCUAGAUUGUUCUUUUGUGAUUUCUCAUCUUUUCAGAUUUCACAAGCCAGCCUUGCUUGCACCAAGCUGUUUCAGUCACUUGUGUUCUACUGUCUAGGUAGGAAAGAGUCCAUUACAACAUAGCGGUAACCCAUGAUGCAUGGCAGUGGAAAUGAAGAGGAACAUUAAUCUGCAUAGAAAAUCCAGUAUUUAUAUGUAAAGAGGGAGAAAGCAACAACAGAGGAAACAAUAUACCAUGAAGACGAUAUGGAAAUUGGGACCACGAGAGAACUGGCCAUGGUGUAUCAUUAAUAGAGAAGUAAGACUUCUCCUAUGGAAAACAUGGCACUUGUAAUUAAUAUAGAGAGAUUGUUAGCCAUGGGCAGAAGGUAUAGAAGAGUCCCACCAGGCUAAGCAAAUUGAAAAGUUCAUUCAUUGCCUUAUAGCGAUGUCAUAUCAUAAAAUCCUUGUGAGUCCCCUAUCACAGUGUG